UUGGAUUUGGGAGAGACAACGAAAGUAGGGAGCAUUUUUAAGCACUAGCCGCCCUUGGUGUGCCAUAAAUUGGUCAUGGUGGUGGAAGUGGAAGGGUGCGUUCUCAAGGGGUCGUCAUCAGCGAGUCGGCACCACAAAUGUCCGUGACUUGAAUGACGACGAUCGUGUCCGCUAUUGAACGUGUGGACAAAGGACCCGUUCAUGUGCCACAAGCGCGCCAUGUGGAGCCGUCGAACACAAACACGGUCGGAGGGUCGUCGAGGGAAGUCAUCUCAUUGUCGCAUGUAGGAAGCGGUGAUGUCUAUGGGCCAAGCACCGCUGCGGGGGAAAGGCGAGAAGAACAGGGGCCCGGUGAGGCGGGGAGGAAAGACGAGAGGAGGGAUGGCACUCCGCGACCAAACGACGAGGACGACGAAUCUCUUCGCAUGAGGAAGAAAAAAAUGCGGCAAGAAGAGGAGGCGAAGUCGAAGUUGCGAACAGACGGGAACACAUUCCGGAGAUGUGGAGUUGGUCGCCUGAUUGCGGGCGCUAUGCACGAUUGCAUUGACUACUACUGCGCAAUCGUCAAUGGUGAUGCAGGCGCUACCGCACCGCGUGGCCUCAUCAUGCCACCCCCCGACGUUCCGAGUUUGCGAAUCCAAGAUCCUUCGCAACAGGACGCAGCCCUUGGACGGGCGAGAAGGACAAAGAACGUCGCUAUGCGCAUCAUCCACGGGUGGAUCUUCACGUCGUCUUCAAGAUCCAACGGUUUUGCCCGCGCAGAGUCCUAUGUCGCCGCUGAUUACCCGACCGAUCUAGCGAGAGCAGUUUGGCAAAGCAUGGAGUGGUCAAGGGUAGUGUCGCCUAGUGUUGUUUACCACAUGCUCGCUCUGAGGAUGGGCAUUCCAUUGUGGCGGACGGAGGUGACGACGAAGAGGGGUCAUCAAAAUGGUGGAGGUGCCAGUGUUGCGCGUCAUGCCAUCCUUCUUUGGCCAUGAACUGGAAAGAUCCGGAGUCUUCGACGGCACGCUCGUCGACAUAGAUCGUGAGUGUCAGGGAGAGGGUAGGUACGAGGUGGUUAUUGUGGGGCGCUUUCACGUCAGUCCACCCGGUUCGGUCUCUUAGGUAGAUGAGCGGUGUGGUGGUCAAGUCGUUCACCAGUGUGAUUGCGUGGAUAGAGCGCCGUUUUGUUUUUAUUUCUGUAGUUGUGUACCAUGACAUGUCGCCCAGGGCGGUGCAUUCAAGUCACAACCAACCGCGGAGGUGGUCGAAAACUUUGUCGAUUCCUUAUGUCUUUGUGCAACAUAUGCUGUUGUGAAUGAAGGCCAUGAAAUCAA